AUGGCAGAGCCAACCCCCAGAGUGCACGAUUCACGGAUGAGGCGGCCCGGGAAGGGGCGGGGACCCACGGGCGUCAGGGCCUACGCGGGUUUUUUGGAUCUCGACCUCCGAAUACGAUGGCGAGCAACAGCCGCAGCUCAGGCUGACCGAGGGGCAACACCCGUUCUCCAACCCGGCAAGACUGACGACCUGUCGCUGCCCCGGCUCACGUCGCAUCCGUUUCCUCAACCUUGUACCGCCCUCGAUCGUCUUGGAAUGCUGGGCGAAAAUCUAGUAGAAAAGGUCUGCUGCCAGACGAUAUGGAACGCAUCCGAAGCGUGGGGAGCAGGAGCACCGACCAAGAGUUCCUCUCUAUUAGUCAGCCUGGGGGUUACGGUGCCCACGAGGCUGCUGGACCUUGGAAACACACACACACACCUUCCUUGGCAUGCGACCAUCACCCCCAUCCGCGCUUCCAUCCAUCUCAUCCGCUUUUCGCUUAUGAAUGGAGGAAUUAUCAGGAUUUUCUGCGGCGCGCUGAGCUCGAAGUUGGCGAUUGGCGAUCAGAUCGAGGUCGCCCCAAACCGCACGAGAUUCGUCGAUACCGUCGAAAAACUGAGUGAGCGACUCGCCAAUCAUAUACGACGAGCCAACCUAGGGCAGACUAGCGGAAUCAUGGCUAGAAUUUCCAUUCGCCCCAGCCCUCAGUUGAUAUCUCGUGGAUACGACAAAAAUGGAAACUGUGUCUAUGUUUCGUCUCAAAUGCUAUGA